UUUCCUGUCCCUUCAAGACUACCGUGUUCUUCUGCUAGUCCCAAACUAAACUUGGGCUCCCUUUUCCCGCCCGCGCGCCAACAAACCCCCAGUUCUCCAGAUAGGACACCUCCCUGCCCAUAUAAACUCCACGCCCAGUCCCGUUCCCCAGGUGCCUCCUCCGAGGUCCCUGCAGUCUCCUGCAGCCCUCCUGCGCCAAGCAGGCUAUAAAGCCUUGUUUUAUCUCUAUCAGUGGCUCUGCAUAGCGCCAAAACCUUACUUACGUUUUGGUGCCCUGACCCCUAUUGGCUAGUGUGUGUAGCUCCUGGGGGAUUCCCCCAGUUGAGCUCCCCCACCAACAAGCAACCUCCUCCUUCUCUGCUCUCUGCCUUUGCCAUUGCCAGCCUCCAUCCAAGGCCGGUCCACUUCACCUCUCACAGGUGAGCUGCUCCGCAUUCCCGGAGCUCCUGUCCAUCCCUCUCCCCAGAAGUCGUGACGUCACAUCAGGACUCCCUCACAUCCUUUGGGACGCCCCUCUGUCCCCUCGGUGAAGACCAACGAGGCCCACGGGCUUUUCUCUAUCACUCUCCAGCGAGAGUGACGAUCCUCCUAGGGGUAGUGAGGGGCUUCUGCCUCUGGCUCACCUUCAAUUUGAUCACUAUGGGAAAUACUCCUUCCCAACCCCCAAAACAUACUCCACUUGGGUGUCUCUUAAGACACUUAAAGGCCCUAAGUAUCCUGGAGACCAUUAAACGAAAGCAACUAAUUUUUUACUGUCAGAUGGCCUGGCCUCAUUACGAGCUUGAUAAUGGCAGCCGCUGGCCUGAGGAGGGUACUUUCGAUUUCAAUACCCUCCGUGACUUACAGAACUUCUGCUACCGCCAGGGCAAAUGGUCAGAGAUAGCUUACGUGCAAGCUUUCUUGGCUCUCAGGAACCGGCCCUCUCUCCUUCAGGAGUGUGGGGAGGCCCAGGUACUUCCAGCUGGCUCCACAUCACAAAAUCCCUCAUCUGAUACCCCUCUUCACCGUGUUCCUUCUGCCUUAACUCCUCCCCCACCGAAUCCACAACAACCUCCCCAACCUCAUCAGCCUCCUGCCUCCUUACCUUCUCCCUGUCCUCCCCCGUCCUCCACCAUUUCCUCCUCUGAAGCCCCUCCGUCACUAGCACACCACACCCGAUGUCACUCCUAUAACUCCACCCACUCGCUGCCAUCUUCUCAACUGCCAUCUUCUUCCAGUCAACCACAAUCUUCUAGUCAGCUGCCACUUCCUGAGCCCCAACUCCUCCCUCCUGUUCUUCAACAGGCUGGUGCACGGAGGCCAGUUCGCACACAGGUCCCCUUUACCCUCUCUGAUCUUUCUCAGGUCUGUCAUAAACUAGGCUCUUUCUCUGAAGACCCCCACAACUACGUUAAAGAAUUACAAUUUGUGAUGAGUGCCUAUGAUUUACAUUACAAAGACCUCUGCAUCAUCAUCCUACACACCCUCUCCCCUCAACUGAAAACUCAGCUGUGGAAAGAGGCACAAUUCGCAGCCGACCGCAGACAACUGAGUAACCCUGACCACCCCAUAGGGGCCGAGGCGGUGCCAGACACAGACCCCCACUGGAGCUAUCAAGGAAAAGAUGGCUCGUGGCGCAUAAAUAUAAUGAAGAGUUGCAUAAUUGAGGGCCUUAACAAAAUAAAGCCAACUAAUUAUGGUAAACUCCAUGAACAGACCCAACGUGCUGAGGAAAACCCUGCAGAGUUCCUCUCCCGCCUUAAUGACACCCUAACCAGAUACACUAAUGUAGACCCUCAAUCUCAUGAGGGUAUAGUCCUCAUCAAUGUCCAUUUCAUUUUCCAAUCUGCCCCUGACAUUCGGACAGUAUUAAAAGAGACAGAGCUUGGCGCUCUGACCCCUCGGGAAGAUCUCCUUAAGCUGGCCUUCCGUGUCUUCAAUAAUAGAGAGGAACAACGAAAACGGGAUAAACGACAACUUGCCAAGCUUAAAUGCCAACAUUUGGCUGCGGCACUCGGGGUCUCUGAGAAAGCUAAGCCAAAACAAAGCAGUGCCACCCGAGCCCCUCCCGCACCGUGCUUUAAGUGCGGCAAGGAAGGACAUUGGGCACGAGCCUGUCCCAACCCGCGGCCGCCACCGGGACCUUGUCCCAUCUGCGAUCUUCAGGGUCACUGGAAGUGCGACUGCCCUGUCCGCCGGCGAGCGGGCAAGUCAUCAAACUCCUUACCCUACCGAGAUUUCAUCGCCGCAGCUGCCGCCACCAGACUCAUCCUUAGCUGACCUGCUCGGUCUCGCCGCUGAAGAGGACUGAUGAGGCUCCGGGUCCAUGGCCCCCAUCAAGCUUUCUCUACUGUAGGUUGGGAACCCUCACCAGCAGAGAGCUACUCUUCUUGGCCGAGACUCUGGGUACCAGCUUCUACAUGGGCCUGACCCGUCACCCCGAAGACUACAGCGGCCCCCAUCUCGACGCCCCCUGUCAGCAGGAAGCAGUUUGAGAGAGUCAUCGUCCCUUAACAACAAAAAGUCAGGAAUGAGGGUCUCAGCCCACAUAAAACUUUCCUAGGGCCAUCAUGGCAAUAAUCAAGUAUGUUGAUCCCAAAAUUACAGCCUGUCCCUCCAAGACUCACUUCUAUGUUCGUCUUCUAGUCCCAAACUAAACCUCCCCUUGCUCCCUUUUCACGUACGUGGCAACAAACCCCCAAUCCUCUAGAGAUACGACACCUCCCGUGCCCAUGUAAACUCCACCCCUAGUCCAACCUAAUGAAAACCCCUUCCCUGGCUCCCUGCUCCGAGGGUCCUGCAACCCUCUCUCACUGCACCCGGCAAUAAAGGCUUGUUUUGUCUCUGUCAGCAUCUCUCAAUAGCACCAAAACCUUACACUUUUAAGCUAUUAAGGGAAUACUUGCAGCUUGCAGUUGAGAGUAUUGUCAACAAAAGGUGAUUAAAUUAAUUUUGAAGAGUUGAGGCUUAGAGUUAACAGUAAGUAAUUAAAAGUAAGCACUGUUCUGGGAGGGACUUACAUAUCGGCUGUCCUCUUUACCUCAUUAACUAGGUUUUUGCAUGUUUAUGGACCUAACUUCAAGUCAAAAAAUGCCUUUUGAUUUAUGUCUCACAGGGUCUUUUAGUUACUCUUUUAGUAACUGAAGUGACUUUACUCCUACAAAGUAUUAAUUGAAAUUGAUAUAUAUAUACCUGUAUUAGAAUAAUGUACAAGAUGAACAACUCACAUUAUUUGAUAUUUUUGCAUUUACUCUUUAUCUUACUGUUUUUCUAUACACUAUUCUCAAUUAGCACUUUUUAGUGAUUUUAAAUUAGCACUUCUUUAAAGUCCUUCUAAAAAUAUCUUGUAAUUUCUGCUUCACUUGUGAGAUUAAAAGAUGUCUAAUUUUUUUGAGUGUCAUUUUUCCUUUACAAUAUAUUUUCAGUUAUUAUUUUAUGUGUUAAUUAAAGAUGAUCCUAAAUCUAAA